AAAUCACAUAAACUACUCUUCAAUUUGGAGGAAGAAGCACUUUGUUCGAAAAAAAAAAAAAUUGUUUCACUUAGAUCUACUAAUAUUUUAAAUAUACGAAUAAAUGUCAGGUCUCGAACCUCUUGGAAUCCCUGGUGGGGACCAUCUCCGCGAAGCCCUCACAAACUGCUCGGAUCCACUGGCUGCCAUUGAAGAGUUCCAGCAGGAGAAUGGCGUACUCCUACCGUCUCUAAAACCUGCUCUCCCAUUUUUAGAUCUUCAUGGUGUCAAAAGAUGUGAAUUUCACCAAUCAGUACUGGAGGAAGUUCGAGAAAAACUGAUACAGAAAAUAAAUGAAGUGGUAAAUGGAGAUGAUAAAGAACGUUUUCAAAAGAUUGAGACCAUGUUAGAGAAGAGUUUUUGUGUGAUUGGAGUGGCAUCACUAAGGCCUGUUAUAAUGAACAUGUUGAAAACUUUACCUAAGAUUAAAGAUGUUUAUCUGAAAGAGAUUCUUGAUGAUAAAGAAUUGUAUAAAGAAGCUGCAACAGAAGUGAAGAGACAGAUUUGGGAAGAAAAUCAGGCAUUAUUUGGAGACGAGGUUUCACCAUUGCUCUCUCAGUAUAUCAGGGAAAAGGAAAACACUUUGUUUAGUCAUGAGAAUUCUUUAUCAACAUUUUUCUUAAUGUCUCCAAAAGCAAGACGCCAAGGUGAAGUCGUUCAGAAGCUUACACAUAUGGUUGGGAAAAGCGUUAGGCUUUAUGAUAUGGUGUUACAGUUCCUCAGAACUCUGUUCUUACGGACAAGGAAUAUGCAUUACUGUACACUAAGGGCAGAGCUUUUAAUGUCUUUGCAUGAUCAAGAAGUGAAUGACAUUUGUGCAGUUGAUCCAUGUCAUAAGUUUACGUGGUGUGUUGAUGCUUGUAUAAGAGAAAAAUUUGUUGACUCCAAACGCGCAAGAGAGUUACAAGGUUUCUUGGAUGGGAUAAAAAGGGGACAGGAAUUUGUUCUAGGGUAAAAGUUUAAGAGUAUU